UUGUCAUCAAAAAGGGUAUAAACGGAUAAAGGAGGGGUUGAAGUAGAAUUUCCUCACAAAACCUUAAACCCUAACCCUCUCCUUUGUCCUUCAACGAUCAUCUGCAAAACCCUAGAGAAACCCAAGUCCCAAAAUGCGAAGACCCAAUUCCAGACCCCAAAAACGACAAUUUGUCAAGCAAAAGCGCCUUACUGAGCUCCAAGAAAUCGAGCUCCUCGAAUCAUGGAUAGAGUUUGGCAAACCCGAUUCGGGCUCCAAUCCUCUGUCGCUCGCUCCACCGCCCUCCAAUGCACCCGUCGGCAGAAUCGACGGGGAUUCGUUCUCUCCGUACGCCGGCUGUGAUAGGUUCGAUCGUCUGCCGUUGUCGCAGAAGACCAUAGAUGGGUUGAAGAAAUCAGAGUACGUGACUAUGACUGAGAUUCAGAGAGCUUCGCUGCCGCACUCACUUUGCGGCCGAGAUAUUCUCGGUGCGGCAAAAACUGGGUCCGGAAAGACUCUGGCGUUUCUGAUUCCGGUUCUGGAGAAGUUAUACAGAUUGAGAUGGGGUCCAGAGGAUGGAGUUGGAAGCAUCAUUAUAUCACCCACAAGGGAAUUAACUGGUCAACUUUUUGAUGUAUUGAAGUCUGUUGGAAAGUACCAUUCUUUUAGUGCUGGCCUGCUAAUUGGUGGCCGCAAAGAUGUUGGCAUGGAGAAAGAACAUGUAAAUGAACUGAACAUCUUGGUCUGCACUCCUGGGAGGCUUCUUCAGCACAUGGAUGAAACUCCAAAUUUUGAUUGUUCACAACUUCAGGUUUUGGUCCUUGAUGAGGCAGAUCGAAUUCUUGAUGUAGGCUUUAAGAAGGCCCUAAAUGCAAUUAUUUCACAGUUGCCAAAACACCGUCAAACCUUGCUUUUCUCAGCUACCCAAACAAAAUCAGUUCAGGAUCUUGCGAGGCUCAGUUUGAAGGACCCAGAGUAUCUUAGUGUUCAUGAGGAGUCUGCUACAGCUACCCCCAAUCGCCUGCAGCAAACUGCAAUGAUUGUUCCUCUUGACCAGAAGUUAGACAUGUUGUGGAGCUUCAUAAAGGCGCAUCUUAAUUCAAGAAUUCUGGUUUUUUUUGCAAGUCGUAAGCAGGUAAAAUUCGUAUUUGAAGCAUUCAAGAAACUGCGUCCAGGAAUCCCAUUGAAGUGUCUUCAUGGGAAGAUGAAUCAACAGAAAAGGAUGGGAAUAUAUUCCCAGUUCUGUGAGAGUCGUUCAGUACUCUUCUCAACUGAUGUUGCUUCAAGAGGUCUUGAUUUCAAUAAGGGAGUUGACUGGGUCAUUCAGGUAGAUUGUCCAGAAGAUGUUGCAGCUUACAUACAUAGAGUUGGUCGCACUGCUCGCUAUCAUUCUGAAGGAAGGUCAGUUUUAUUCCUGGUGCCUUCAGAGACAGAAAUGCUGAAAAAAUUAGAAGUGGCAAAAAUACCGAUUCACCUUAUCAAGGCUAACACAAAACGACUGCAACAGGUGUCUAAAUUAUUACAAGAUUUACUAGUUAAGUGUAAUGAUAUGCGAUAUCUGGCACAAAAAGCCUUCAUCACAUAUUUGAGGUCCAUUCAUAAGCAAGGAGACAAAGAGGUCUUUGAUGUGAUGAAACUACCAGUUGAGGAGUUCUCUGUAUCAUUGGGUUUACCAAUGACCCCAAAAGUUCGCUUUCUAAAUCAGAAAACCAAGAGCAAAUUAAUGCCAGCAGAAACCUCUCUUCAUCUACCUGAAAUUUCUGACGAGGAGAAUUUGUCAGAGAUUCCUAGAAGUAAAGAAGUUACUGUGGGAUCCAAGGAGCUGGAGGUGGAUAAAGGUUUUCUUUUAACAGAGUCCCCUGAUGAAGCUGAAGGACAAGCAACAGAAAUUGAAGCUGUUGGCCUAGGAACUAGGGUUACAAAGAAAAAGAAGCUGAAGAUCAACGUUCAUAGACCAGUGGGGUCUAGGGUAGUUUUUGACGAAGAAGGCAACACACUUCCUCCAUUAGCAAAAAUUGCUGACAGAGACAGUGGCAACGACUUGCUUCAACUUGACAAAGUGAAAGAAAGAUAUGCGAAGCUGAGGGAAGAGAUGAAACCGCGAGACAAAGAAGACAAGCUUCUGCACCGUCAGCGUCUCAAAGAUAAGCGAAUGAAAGAGAAGAUGAAGAUGAAGAGCAGGAGGAGCGAAGAAGAGUAUGAAGAGGACGAGGAAGAUCUUUCUGGGUCAGACGCAGAAGCAGCCGCAGCUAGAAAGAGUAAAAGGUCAAAAAUAUAUUUUGACAGCGAUAAUGGUGAAAGUGAGGGAGAAGGAAAUGAGGAUAAAGUUAAAUUCAGUGCUGAGUCAAUUUCUUUGGCAGAGCAAGAAGCCCUGGCUCUGAAGCUGCUGAAUUCAAUGCACUCUUAAUUAUCAUCAGGCAUACUUACAUGUAUUGAGGGCAAUUUUGGUUAUUAUUGGUUGAAGAGAGUUUUGCGUUCUUUCUGGACUGAGGCAUUACAUGUAAUCAGAAAUUGGUUAAGAGUAAUUUCCUAACGUUAUAUUGGGUUU